CGGCCCAAAGCGGAGGGAAGGAGGGAGGCAGGGAGCCCGAGAGCCGGAGCCGGAGUCGCAGCGGCGGUAAUAGUCGGAGGCCCUUCUAGGCCACCGUCCUUAGCGCGGGACCGCGGAGUUCGACGGGAGUUAGCGGGAGACCCCUGUGCGGCGCGGAGGGGGCGGCGGCCCCAUCUCUGACCCGCGCCGGGGGGUGGGCCAUGGCGGAGAUCAGCGACCUGGACCGGCAGAUCGAGCAGCUGCGGCGCUGCGAGCUCAUUAAGGAGAGCGAAGUCAAGGCCCUUUGUGCUAAGGCCAGAGAGAUCUUGGUAGAGGAGAGCAACGUGCAGAGGGUGGACUCGCCAGUCACAGUAUGUGGUGACAUCCACGGACAAUUCUAUGACCUCAAGGAGCUGUUCAGAGUGGGUGGUGAUGUCCCUGAGACCAACUACCUCUUUAUGGGGGACUUUGUAGACCGUGGCUUCUACAGCGUUGAAACGUUCCUUCUGCUGUUGGCACUUAAGGUUCGCUAUCCUGACCGCAUCACCCUGAUCCGGGGUAACCAUGAGAGCCGCCAGAUCACCCAGGUCUACGGCUUCUAUGAUGAGUGCCUGCGCAAAUAUGGCUCAGUGACUGUGUGGCGCUAUUGCACUGAGAUCUUUGACUACCUCAGCCUGUCAGCCAUCAUUGAUGGCAAGAUCUUCUGUGUACAUGGGGGCCUUUCCCCCUCCAUUCAGACCUUGGACCAGAUCCGGACUAUUGACCGAAAGCAAGAGGUGCCUCAUGACGGGCCCAUGUGCGACCUUCUCUGGUCCGACCCUGAAGACACAACAGGCUGGGGUGUGAGCCCCCGUGGGGCUGGAUAUCUAUUUGGCAGUGAUGUGGUGGCCCAGUUCAAUGCAGCCAACGACAUUGACAUGAUCUGUCGGGCCCAUCAACUGGUAAUGGAAGGUUACAAGUGGCACUUCAAUGAGACCGUGCUCACUGUGUGGUCGGCACCCAACUACUGCUACCGCUGUGGAAAUGUGGCAGCCAUCUUGGAGCUGGAUGAGCAUCUCCAGAAAGAUUUCAUCAUCUUUGAGGCUGCUCCCCAAGAAACACGGGGCAUCCCCUCCAAGAAACCUGUGGCUGACUACUUCCUGUGACCCCCUCUAUCCCUACCCCCUCUAGCCCUUCUGUCCCUCGGACCACUGUGACUCUGCCCUCUUCCUCAGGAGGCUGGGUGAGGGGCUGUCCCUGGCUCUGCUCUGCCCCCCAGAGGGCACUUCAAGGGUGAGGACUUUCUCUGGAGAGGCUUGGGGCCUUAGCUCCAUCCUCCUCUCCUUUCUCCCCACUUGAACCAUGAAGUUUCCAAUAAUUUGUUUUUCUUUUUUUCCUUCUUUUUUUUUUUUUUGUCUGUUUUUAGAUAAAAAUUUUGAGAAAAAAUGAAAAAAAAUUCUAAUAAAAGAAGAAAAAUGGU